AAUGGGUGUCAAAUCACUCUGGAGUUUGCUUUCUCCAGCUGGAAGGCCCGUUAUGCUGGAAACAGCAGAGGGCAAGUCCAUGGCGAUCGACUCAAGCAUCUGGAUCUACCAGUUUCAAGCUACCAUGCGUGAUAAAGAAGGCCGGGGUCUCGUCAAUGCUCAUGUUCUAGGAUUUCUGCGUCGAAUAUGCAAACUUCUCUUCUAUGGCAUCAAACCUGUGUUUGUAUUCGAUGGUGGUGCACCAGCUUUGAAGCGAAUGACCAUUGCUGAACGUAAGAAAAAGAAAAGUGGCGCCGCUGAAAGCCAUGCGAGAAUUGCAGAGAAGCUUUUGGCCGCCCAGAUGAGAAAGGAGGCAUUGAGUCAUGCCCAGAGUUCGACAAAGUCUGGUUCGCCUCGAGGACCGGUCUCUCUCGAUGAGCAUACUGUCUAUCUGGAAGACUUGGAUGGCUCGCACCUAACCGUAACACCCGCGAGAAAUAAGGGUAAAGUCAAAGAGGCGCCUUCCUCAGCUAAGAAGUCAAGAUGGCAAGACUACGAUCCGUACCGUCUUCCAGAGGUCGACAUGGAUGCAGCGGUCGCCAAAGUCACCCGGUCAACCGCACCAGAUCCACGACUCGCGACUGAGGAUGAACUGCGCACCUUCAUCGACAUGAUGCGUCCGGAAGAUCUUAACGUUCACUCGCCUGCUUUUCGAGAACUUCCCACCGAGGUACAGUACGAAAUUAUCGGCGACCUAAGGUUGAAGUCUAGACAGACGUCACACAAACGGCUUCAAGCAAUGCUAUGCAAAUCAAAAUCUCCGCUAGAUUUCUCUUACCAACAAAUUCAGAACCUCAAGCAACGCAACGAUCUCACGCAGCAGUUACUGGAAACGACAGAUAAUAUUGGUAAAGCAAACGUCACCAUCCCUAUCCGCAUUGCAAGCGAGAGAAACAAAGAAUAUUUAUUGAUUAGGAAUGAUGAUGAACUUGGUGGUUGGGUGCUGGGAAUCAGGGAUGAUGGUACACAGGACAAGCCGAUCGUUCUUGACAACGCUGAUGAGCACGUAAAAUCUGACGAGGAGAGUGACGAUGACAUGGACAUGGAGGAAGUUACAAUUCCUCAAGCGGCAGACCCGGACCUCAAGGAAUAUCAACGUGAACUCGCACUCGGAGCGGUUGAGGGUCGCCGAAAAUCUGCAGCUGCAAGAGGUCGACCAAAAGAUACAACCACAACAAAGAAGAUUUCUCCAAAGAAGGACCCGCUAUUUAUUCCCGAUACGGAAGACGGCAACGUUGAAAUGGAGUACGAGACGGAUGAUGAUUGGGAGAACACCGAGGAGGCCGAGAUGUUCUCCGCUAUGCAGGCAUCCCUGGAAGACCAAGAAGCUGAAGACCUUCGGAAGGCGCUUGAAGAAUCCCGUAAGGCCGUACCAGACAAAGCAUCCGGAAUGGUUUCGCAUGCGAUAACUGACGAAGAUUCAGAUGAUGAUCUCUAUGUUGAUUAUACACCUUCGAGGCUGGAUGCUGCACUUCGAUUCGCUAAUACUAGUCGAAAUACAGGAGGUUCAUCCACGGAUGUGUUUCCACGGCCGUCUAUAUCCAGACCUGCCUUGUCGGCACAAAAAGCCGUCAUUGAUAUCGACGGAUCCGAGGACGAUGACGAAGACAUGGAGGAAGUUGAGCCAUAUGAAUCUACAACACCGUCUGUCCCUCAACCACAGAACCGGGUAAAAGAAGUCGUCUCGGCCUCUCCAGUAACUCCGCAGAGGAAGUCCGAAAUUGCUAAGUCGCCUGUGUCGUCCACCUCAACAAUCAGCGAGACCAAGGCUAUUACACGCAAGGCGCUGCCGAGUGCCUACGCCAAUAACGAUCCCGCGACCAAUGCCCAACAGAGAUUGGAGCACGUACACAGUGACGCAUCAUCAAGUUCACCUGUAGCAACAUCUCAGAAUCAGUUCAAGCGUGCAGUGACUACCACUAAUGACGUCCCUGCUGUGACGACUGUGGUUUUUGGUGAUGUCGAAAAGACUCAGGGUGGUGCUGUGUUUAGCGUAGCAUCAGGUACCGAGAUUAGAGUCACUCCAUCGGGCCCAAUAACAGUGCCCGAGCCGAAAUCCCUGUCUUUCUCUCAACAAAAUGAAACAAGAGAUGUCCCAAAGACUGACGUUGAACAAGUUGUCAUUUCACAUGUAGAUCACAGUAGUCCAGAGGAUUCGUCAGGAGACGAAGCCUGGUCUCGAGCCGCAUCUCCAAGUGGAGUAAAAGGACAAGACGAUACUGAUAAACGCGAGGAAGAUUGGGACGCCGCCGAUGAAAUGAACGUUCACGAAGAAACGGGUGAAUUUGCUCGCUUCGCUGCACAAGUUCGAGGUCGUGAUCUCGACACUGUAAGGGCCGAGAUCGAUGACGAGAUCCGUCAACUGCGGGAGCAGCGGAAAGCAGCCAUGCGAGAUGCCGAAGACGUCAAUCAAGCAAUGAUUGCACAGAUCAUGACAAUGCUUCGUCUCUUCGGCAUUCCAUAUAUCACCGCGCCAAUGGAAGCAGAAGCACAAUGCGCAGCACUCGUUGACCUCGGCCUAGUAGACGGCGUAAUCACGGAUGACUCUGACGUCUUCCUCUUCGGCGCGAAACGCGUCUACAAGAAUAUGUUCAACCAAUCCAAGACUGUCGAAUGCUUCCUACUCACAGACCUUGCUCGAGAACUCGGCCUUGAUCGCGGAACGCUGAUCCGACUUGCUUAUCUGCUAGGCAGCGAUUAUACGUUAGGCCUCCCAGGUGUGGGACCUGUCGUUGCGAUGGAGCUCCUUCAAGAGUUCCCUGGAGACGAUGGGUUACACAAGUUUAAAGACUGGUGGAUGAAAGUGCAGUCUGGACGGGACCGGGAAUCAGAUAAUAUCUCCAAUUUCAGGAGACGCUUUAAAAAGCGCUUUAAGGAUCUGUACUUGCCAGGUGAUUGGCCUAAUCCGGCUGUGCGAGAUGCAUACUACCAUCCCGUUGUUGACACAUCAGAAGAGCCCUUUAAGUGGGGACUCCCAGACCUCGAUGGCUUACGAAGCUUUUUCCACGACGAACUCUCAUGGAACGCUGGAAAAGUCGACGAGUUACUGCUGCCAAUCAUUCAAAGGAUGAACAAGCGCGGUCAGCAAUCAACAGCAAAUCGCCAAGAUACUCUCAAUACCUUCUUUUCAGUCUCUGAAGGUGCAGGCGCAGCUGAACCCCGGAGACGAGAAGCGUAUGCGAGCCGGCGCUUGCAGGCCUUGGUUACUGCACAUCGCAAGGCUCAAAAAGCACGCACGGGAGGCACAGAUGAGGGAUCCAGUGAAGAAGAGGAGAAACAGCCUGCGAAAAAGAGAGCGAAGAAGGCCUCCUUAGAAGAGGAGAGUGAGAUAGUUCGAGGAAAGAAGGAGAGGACAAGGAAGAAUGGUCCUCCUGGCAAACGUGGUGCCAAAGGAGCCUCUGACGGUAACAGAGAAGGGUCUGGCACACCGUCGGAAACGAAACAGAAAGGGACACGCAAGUCGAGGGCUAAAACGAAGGGAAAGUCCACAGCUAGGUCAACAGCAGACUCUCCUUCAGACACCAGCGAGGAAUUCGUACCUGGAGGUGCACCAGACGACGCCCCGGCACGCGAAAUGACGUUGAGGAAACGCGUCAAACCAAGACCUGCAUUCAAAGGUGACAAAGCAGUGAAUGUCUAUGCUAAAGGGGAAGAGGAGGAUAAUAUGCUCGGCGCUCUCGACUCUGGGUCUGAAGAAUCCGAAUACCGAGAAUAA